AAAAAGAUUCUUGUUUUAAGAGAGUUCCCUGAAGAUAUGGUCGACACAUUUCUUUUAAAUCGAGGGGCUUUGGCUGCCUGUGAUGUAGCUGUUUUUGUUUAUGAUAGUUCUGAUGUGUUGUCGAGGAAUGGAGCAACUAAUUUGCUGAAGAAAGUUGCUCAGCAUUGCAAGGAUACCAAAUCUGAGGUGCCUAUGAGAUACAUUGCAGCUGAUAACUGUUCCCUUUCAUUUGCCAUACAACAGGGGGGUCAGGAUACUCUAUUACCUAUCACUACAGAAGUGGGUGAUUCGAAUGACAUAUUCUAUGAGAUUGUAAAAGCUGGUGGAUGCCCUGCUCGGAAGUCGGAGUUGGCUUCGCAUGCGGUCAUGAAGUUAGUAUCGGCUUUGAAGUUGGUGUCUUCUAGUCUUGAGUUGAAUCGACUGAGUGGUCGGAGGUGGGUUUGCAAGAAGCGGUCAUGAAGUGGAAAUCUUGUAGUCUUAAGGUUGAAUUAAGUGUAGGGUCCAAGGUGGGUUUGCAGUGGCCAUGUAGGCUUCGUUUGU